AUGUACAUUGACCCAGUUACUGAACAUCUGACUAAAGGAGACAGUAUAAAACUCAAAGUCAUUGAAAAUGGAGAAUCGAAAGUGAUCAUCAACGAAGUUCAAAUACAUACUAAACCACAUCUUAAGACGGACGAAAUGCAGGCUAGAGGAGAUAGUAUGAAACUUCUACACCAUGCCAUUGUGACGGGCGAUUUGGAGGACUGCGAGAGGUAUUUGAAAGAGGGCGUUCCGGUGAACGAUCCAUUAAAUCUUGGCUAUCGAAUCAUAUAUAAAGGAAACAACAAAUUCCGGGACAACGGAACACGGGCGCUGCAUUGUGCCGUUAUUUACAGGCGACCAGAUUUCGUCGAUCUGUUGCUGAAAUACGGUGCUGAUCCAAACAUCGAGGAUAAUUUGGGACGAAGACCCGUGCAUCUGGCGAUUAUUUAUUGGCCUCGGGGUGCCGCAGUUUUUGACAUUCCUGAUGAGACCACGAACAAUACUGUCGGGCUUGAAGAGAAGAAGUAUUGCAGUUACAUGAACAAUCUGCAGAAAAAGUGUGCUAAGAUGCUAGAAAGUUUGAUAGUUCAUGGAGCUGACGUAAAUUUUCCGAUGCAGAGUGAGUUUUCUCCUUUGCAUUUAGCCGCUUAUUACAACACUACUGGGUGCAUAUCAACGUUGGUCAAAUACGGAGCUGAUCUCGAUGCAUGUGUGAAAAGACCAGACUACGCCACGCCUGGUAUCUUAGCAUCUCUGAGCGCGCAUCCUGCUGUUUUACGGGCACUCAUCGACUGUGGUUGCGAUAUUUCUGCCACAUUAAACGGGCAAAAUUUAUUACACGUGGCUGCUAGUAAUGGAAAGCAUUUAAACAACGCUGCUGACUGUGUGCGCAUUCUGUUGAAAUGUGGUUUCGGUGUUGAUGACAAAGAUGAAGACGGAAUGACAGCCUUGCAUUACGCCGCACGCAACGCAAACGCCAAAGCUAUCGAUUUGUUACUUGACCACGGCGCUAAUGCAGAUAUCGUCAACGAUCGCGGCAACACAGCAAUCUUCGAGGCAUUCGACAACCCGUGUAGCUUUUAUCAACUAACAGUACAUACGUUUCUCCGGUUGAUCAUGGAAACGCUGAAUCCCAACUUGCGCCAGGGUCACCUCCCAAAAGCGUUUACUGUGUCAGAUAGCAGAAUGAAGGCGACGCCAAUCAAAAUGUAUCUAAUGGACAAAUCAAAAGACCCAGCUUCUCUACAGAUGUCAUGUAGGAACGUGAUCAGAAGACACCUGGCCAGAACCACGUCAGCCGAAGUGUCAUCUCAGAUGGUGACACAGUUACCUCUUCCACAACGCAUUAUACGUUUCAUUGCUGAGAAUGGCAAGCAAAUUCAAGAAACGCUCGAUCACUUGUUGGAUUAUUCAAAGCUCAGAAAUCAAUCAACACCGACAAGCCUGAGAGUCAACUGCUAA